ACUGAGCUCGGUGCUUCGCCAGAGAGCCCAGGUCUCCUGGAGGAUAAAUCCGGACAGGAUGAUCUCAUCGCGAAGAUUGUCCGACCAGGCCAGGCCAGUCCAUGAACUCCCCAAACCGGCUAGAGGAGCAGGUGACCGAACAGAGCUGCACGGUCAGCACGCCCAAGUGGGUCGACCCCCCCUUCACGUUCAGGAUCAGAGGGGAUCAGAGGGGAAAAGAGGUUAAAAGCCCAAGAUACCCCCCGGCCGAUGCACCCCUACAGUAGUAACCCCCUCCCCCUCGGCCAUGGCUGACCCGGAGAUGGAGUCGUCUGAAACACGGAACAGGGAUUAGCCUCAGCAAGGCAGCCCGUAUUGGCCAGUUGCAGGCCUGGUCGGAGGGGCUAAAGUCUGACUCUGGUUAGGAUGGGGAGGACUCGGCGCUUAGGCGGCCAGGUAAGGUAAUGCAUGGUAAUGCUGCAGGUUGCAUCUCGCUAGCGGUACCAUGGGGUUAUCCCAGACCUCCUGGGAACGGCUUCAACCCGGGUGUGAUGGACCGCUUCUUCAAGGCUACUACUCUGCCGUGUCCCUCGUGGGAGAGUCGGGUUGAAUCCAGAAUCUUGCAUGGAAUCUUGGAUGAUCAGGGUAUCGGUUGCAUCCACGCCUGUGGUGGUGUGUGGGAGGUUAUCCAGGUCGGUGCUGGGUGCAGCGCUAAGCCGUAGUCAUGUGAAUAAGAGUUUUUUUGCUCCGGGGGCUUUGGGGCUUUCUGGGCUAUCGAUCUUCGUACUUCGUAUAGUCCUGGAUGAAUGCAGGUUACCUAUCCGGGCGCUGGGGUCAACCGCCGUGGAAGUUUACACAUCCACCCGCUGAUAUCAUCGCAAAUGCCAUGUCCGAUAGUGGCGGAGAUUUUGCUGGUUGCUGGUUGCUAGUU